AUGGAAUACCAUUUUUUAAAAUUAAGAUCUGGUGUAGAUGACGACUAUAUGAAUAGACUUGAUCUAGAUGACGACUGUAUUGCUAGACAUGAUCCAGGUGGCGACUGUAUCAAUAGACGUGGUGUAGAUGACGACUGUAUCAAUAGAUGUGAUGACGACUGCAUUGCUAGACAUGAUCCAGGUGGCGACUGUAUCAAUAGACGUGGUCUAGAUGGCGACUGUAUCAAUAGAUGUGGUCCAGGUGAUGACUGUAUUGAUAGACAUGAUCUAGAUGACGACUGUAUAAAUAUACGUGGUCUAGAUGACGACUGUAUAAAUAGACAUGGUAUAGAUAACGACUGUAUUAACAAACAUGGUCUGGAUGGCGACUGUAUCAAUAGACGUGGUCUACAUUGCGUCUUAUUAAUAAACGUGGUCAAGAUGAUGGCUUAUCAAAUGUGUGUUUGA